CUCCAUCUCCAAGACCCUUCUUCUCCCCCUCUCUCUCCCUUGCCUCUGCUAACCGCCUAACCCUCCACCUCCAAACUCAAUUCCCAUUCUCUUCUUCUCCGAACUCAUGGAGACAUGGACAAAGGAUUCUGUUUCCUUCUCACUUUCGCGGCUGUGGUUCAUCUUCUCGGCGACGGCGACGACGGAUGGACGGGAAAGAGGAAGGAUGGAGACGGCUGCGCGAGGCGACGCGAUGAGGACGGGAUCUGGGCAGCGGCGAGGAAGGGAUCUGGAUGGGUGCGACACGACGAGGAAGGAUCUGCAUGGCGGUGAGGAACGGAGGAAGGCGGCGGCCGUGAGGCGACAAGGAAGGGAGCUGGGCGGCGACCGUGACUCGUGAGGGUGAGGAUCUGAUGAGGGUCUGAUUAUAGGGUUUCAUAUUGGGGUUAUGGGUUUUAUGUCAUUUUUUUUGCAGGGAGGGCAAUAUAUGAGGGUUGGUCGGUUUGGUUCGGUUUUUUCGGAUAACCGCGGUUAAUAAUGGUCGGUUACUCGGUUAUCUGAAGCUUUUUAUUCUCCUCCGUCCACCGACCGAAGUAAUUUUAGUCUCGGUUUUCGGUUAACCGAAAAUCGGUCGGUUCGGUUGUAACCGACGAUUAUCCGCUAACCGGAAAUCGAACUGCCAGCCCUAACAACAUAUACUAACUGGAUAUUGACGAAGUAUUUGUAUUAAUAACUUUUUAUAAAAAAUUCAUUGCAUAAAUAUAUCAUCGUAUUAUAAAUAUAAAUACAUGUAAAUAAGUUUGGGUAUUAGUCGUACGGAAAUAGAGGGUAAGAGACCCUUCCUAACAGAGAGAGCAACAUCGGUGAUGGAAAAAUCAUACGAGGUGAGUUGAAGAGAAGUUUGCAUCGGCUUAGACUGGCUUGGAAGAUCGAGUUUGUAGCAAGAGCAUCUUUUUAGAUCGAUCCAACCAUAAUACUUUAAGUAACCUAGAAUACUUAAUUUCAAUUUUAAGAUAUUCUUUUGUCACACAUCUUCAGAUAACUCAACCUUAUAACUGAUCACCUCGUACAUCAUGAGUUCCUUUUUCUUUUGCGUCAUAUACUCUCAAAGUAUGACUUCAUCCUACUGAUUUGUGUAACUAUAAAACGACCGAAGUGUGGGUCAUUUGAAAUACUUAUUUGAACCAGCCAGUAAUUUGUGUGGGCCGAGUCUGUACAUCACAUGGGCCGAAUAAACUAUUAGGCUCGACGAAUUGGGUACUUGUUUAAACUAACUAACCAUUUUCUUUGUACAACGGAUUGGAAGCUUGAAAAAUAGGCAACAUCAUUUCAUCUUCACUCUCAUCCCUUUCUUUGUCGAAGAAAAGUGAAGUCUGUGUUCACUAAACUAGCUGGUUUCUCAAGUUGCAGCGGCUUUGUAGUCGGCGGUGGUGAAGAGCAAGGCAGAGGGUCGGGACGACAGGAGCUAGAGAAGUAGGGCUGAAAUGGCCCGACCCGCCCCUGAUCCUAUCCUGACCCGUCCCUGAAGGGUCAAGAUGUAUAACAAACCCGCACCGAUCCUUUUUUUUAUGACCCUGUCUGACCCUUUAGGGUCGGGGCGGGUCAGGAAGGGUCGGGUCAGUGGGUCGACCUUAAUAAAUAGAAUACUUUUCU